UCACAAAGGCUGGCAUGUACCAGGCUGUGCUCGAGGCACUGAAGCAGAAACUGUGGGAUGACCCUGUUCUGGCUGUGCGUCGACGGGCUGGCUUGAUUGUGAACUUGCUAGAUAUGAAGAUAACAGUCUGGAAGGACAUGGAACAACAACUGAAAGAUGAUGAUGCAGAGGUCAGAGGUAGUGCAGUCAUCUCACUGGGUGUACUUGGAUUACCUCAUAACAGAGUGCUCCAGUUGCUGCUAGACAUGGUGGAAAUAGACUUAAGUCAGUAUGUGCGAUUCCAGAUAAUAAGGACCUUUGCUCAAUUGCGUCUGAAUGAUCCACGCGUAAAGCGCAGCCUGUUGAAUCGGCAGCUUGGAGAGGGACCAUUAGCCAGGUACUGUAAAAGAAUAAAGCUAAAUGAUCAUAUAAGGAGAAGGACGUAG